AUGUCAUCCGAGCCCCUAAUUCAAUAUGUAUUAACCGCUAGGUUUGAUAAUAAAUACGGACCAAUGCUAGAACAUGAAUUUCCUCAAACUGUUACUGGACUAUCUGAAAAAGAUAAAGCAAGAAUAGCAAGUAUUAUGAUACCUAGUGGUUCUGAAAAUAAUAUUGAUAAGCCAGAUUUCAGUGUUUUUUUAUUAUACAAGAAUUCAAAAAAUAGUACCUUGAAAAUAAUACCGUCUAUAUAUUCCGUUUCUUCCAAUACUCCUCCAACCAAUAACGGCAAUGGUAUUUAUGGUCAGAACGAUGAACCCGUUUUCUUCCUAAAUGCCGUUUGUUCUAAAAGAGAUCCAAGCAAUGAAAGAGGGUCCACAAUCAAAGCCAUUUCCAUCGGUACCAAAUCUAAAUUUUUCUAUGUUUUAAAACCACUGCUUUUUAUUGCUUUAAUAUUUUAUCUGGAUCAGAAAGGAACAGAGGAUCAAUGGAAUUUAUUAUCUGAAUUUUCCGGCUUAUUGAAUACUUUGGAUUUGAGCAUAUUGAAAAAAUUCCAUUCAAACAUCAUAUUACAAAAGUUGUGUAAGAAUAACAUAAUCUAUUCAAAGAAAAUAUUUAAUGAUGAUAAUAAGUUAAGUUUAAUAAGAUAUGUCUUGAAUAAAAAUCAGCAAGAACACAACGCAGUUAACGAAGUUUCCAAUGCUAAUUUUAUGAACGAUGAAAUUUUUAGUCAUCGUAAUGAUAAAGAUUUUUCCAUUCCAGCUUUUGAUAAAAAUGGUAACAGUAUUGCAUUUAUUUCACAUUUCAUUCAAUAUAACAUAAAACCAACUAACACUUAUUAUUUACCACCUGAAUUUUUCAAAGUACCUAUGCUAUUUGAUUUAAUUAGGCUGGAAGAAAAUUGGAUUCAACCAGAGAAAAGUACAGUGUCCCCAAUGGUUUGGUAUUUUAUGGAUAAAUUGUUAAAUUGUUUACCAAAGUUGAGCUAUAAUAUUGAUAGAGACAAUACUACUAAUAGAGCUACAGAUGCUUUAAGUGGAACUAACAAUUACAAUAACUAUAACAUAAAAAUAUUAAUAUAUUCCAGUUUUAAAACCAAAAACUUUAUCAGUCAAUUUGUUAUUUUAAUAUCAAAUUUGGUUUCUAGCUUUAAUGUAAAUAAUUUGCCUUAUUUCCAAAAACACAAGUUUUUAAUUAUUCCAUAUCUAGACGUCUCCAUGCUGGAUUUGUUUGACACUAGUACCACUGAUAAACUGAAAUUCAGCAUUAUAGGGUGUUCCAAUCCACUUAUAAAAGAAAUAAGACAUGAUUAUUCUCAUAAACUAUGGAAUGUGUUUUUUGAUAUGGACACCUGUGAACUAGAAAUGAUAGAUACUAAUGGUUCUGUGGUUAAUAAGCUUUACAAUAGCAUGAUCAAUAAUCAUAGUUUUAAGCGGAAUCACAACAUUACUAACAAGAAAGAUAAAAACAAUAUUAAUAAUAGUACUGUACGAAGCAAUGUUAAUAAUAAGGAAUAUACUAAAAGACAUAAACUGAAGAAAAUGGUAUCAUUAAAAGCUUACAAGAACACUAGUGAAAAUUCAUCUUUAUUAAAUGAACCAACCUUUACCGACCACACUAUUACAAAUGCUAAUACUAAUGUCCACACUACUAUCACUACCGAUAAUCAUAAUAGUAGCAUAAAACCUAACAUUAUAACUAAAACUAUCACAAAUGUCACUAGUGAUUCUGGCUCAAUGUUUUCUAGAGAUACUAGACAUUCCCUUGAGACAUCUGUUUCAACUGACAGUCAAAUUUUACCAAGUCAAAUGCUUCAUUUAAUGACAAAAUGCUUAGAAACAAAAGAAGUGAAUUGGCUAAGAUUUGUUGAUUUAUUGAGAAGAAUCCACCUAAAACAAUUGUUGGAACUUAUCGAAACGACUCCAAUUUCUUUAAACAACAAUUUACAAGAUGAAUACAUCUCCCAUUAUAAAGACUUUAUACUUUUUCCAAACUUUUUCCAGCAUAUUAGAAUCAGAUUAUUAGAGAACAUCAGAUUUACCGAAUUGAAAUCUAAUUUACUAUUUAAAGUUUUGAAGAAGCCAAGCGAUUUUGAAAACCUGGAUACAACAGUUUUAUUAGAGCAAAUAUUGGAUUCAACUAGUACUAUCUAUAAGGAAAUUUAUCAGUCAGAUACUAAAACAAGCAGACUAGUGGAACUGUUGUUGUGCUAUCCUAAAAAUAAACCAUUAAGUAUUUUAACCAGAUUAUUUUCCCUAAAAGUUGUUGAAAAUGAUAUUGAAAAAAAUCUUGAUCGUCCUCUACCCCCAUUACCUGUCAACUCUUCAUCCCCACAGCAUUUCCCCACAGAAAGUGUAGUUGGUAUAGAAAAUACCCCUUUUAGCAAAGAUCCUGUCCUGAUAUCUACUCAACCGGUUGUUGAUAAACAUCUCAAUGUUAGCAAUAAAGGAUAUACAUCUAAAAAAUCCUUGUUAAAAAGAAAUAGUGUUUCUUUAUCUCGAUUUUUUAACAAGCCUUUUGCUUUCCAAAAAGACCAAGAAGAACUCAACGCUCCACAUAAUUUAAAUGAUUUUUCGUCACCACCGACAAUUAUAGAAGAAAAUAUUUCAGUUUCUCCAAUUGAACCAACAUCGCCUUUACCUUCAAUUUUCCAUAAAUGCAAUACUGCCAUGCACAAUAAGAAUAUUAAUGAUUCAAACAUAAUUAGAAAAAUUAAGAAGAUUGUUUUGAAAAUCAUAAUGAGUAUUGAUGCAAUCCCAUUUGGCAAACUUUAUUUAGAUUCAACAAUGAUACCAAAACACAAGUUAUUAUACAAAGAAGAAACAGAAGCGCUAUUUAAUAAAAGCAUAAUCAAUUCUCCAAGUUCUAUUCAGAUUGGUGAAAUUGUGAACAACUAUACGUAUGAUAACAGAGACUUUUUGAUAUUUAACAAUGAGCAUACACAAUUACUGGAAAAAAGUACUACGGCUAAAGAACAUGAAAAGUUUAGAAACACUUUCCAGCAUAUGCUUAUAACAGAAGUUCAGGAAAAUGAUGACAAUGAUGAUGAUGAUGAGGAAGAGGAAGAAGAAGAGGAAAGAGAAUACAAUUACAAUGAAGAUGGAAAAGAACAAAAUGAUUUAAAGUUAGGGCAAAUUACAAUUGAUUCUAAUAGUAUUUGUACUGUUAACACUGAUACUUAUUCUUCUGGUAAGACCAAGGAUAACAUCGAAGAAGUUUCCUCAGUUAAUACACAAGAGUCUAAACGUUCAGUUUUAUCUUCUGGUAAGGGUAAAAUGAAGUUGCUACAAGCUUUCAAUGAAAUGUCUGAUAAAACAAAAAAGAGCAACGAGGCAAUUGAAAAAAGCUUUAGAAAAUAUACCAAAAGAAAUAAUUGA